UUUAGUUCUGGUGGGAGGUUGUUAGACCCUCACCGGAGCAGGCUGCAUUAUUCGACUGUGGAGGCAAUGAUGUGUACUAGGAGUUGGAUAAUGGAGGACAUGCAACGAGAUUCGGAGGCUGCUGUGGAGGCAUUGGAUGGACUCUUCUCAACAAUGACACUCGAAGAUACAACUGUGGAAGAGGCAGAACCUGGUGGUCCAGAACUCACCUUAAUGAGAUCACCAUUUGCCCAUGAAGACUGAUUGGUAAUCUGCUGUGGGACCA